CUCCCUCCUGUGAUCACACACUCUCCUCCAUCCCUCUCUAUGGUAUCCCCCCCGCCUUCCUCAGCGCGCACAGCCUUGUGUGUCUCCCGCUUGUCUCUCGCCUCCUGUCACUCUCAGUCUCCGCAGGUCUCAGGCUCCGGGCCUCGCAGCUACCAUGGGCCUUAGGUGAUAAACCGAGCGGGCCGCCGGAUACAGCGGGCGGGGAGCAGAGCUACCGGAGAGUUUGGAUCCCGGGCCUGACCGCCCGCACCGGGGGCCUCAAAACCGGCAUAAGCCCGGUAUUUUAAAGUGAGGUGGGAAGACUGCACAGCUCAGAGAAUAUGGAGAAUGGAGGGAAGAUCAAUAAAGACCAGGAAGAUGAGAUGGAAAUUAAUGGUUACAAUCUGUGCCGGUGGAAGCUGGCUCUGGUAGCGGUAGGAGUACUGCUUACUGGUGGCUUCCUGCUGCUCCUUCUCUACUGGCUGCCUAAAUGGCGCGUGAAGGCAACGUGCUCUAGAAGGACGUUGAAAGAUUGUGAUGUUGUGCUAAUGAGAACCACUGAUGAAUUUAGACAAUGGUUUUGUGCAAAAGUACGAAUACGAUUUUGUCCUGCAACCGACCCUCUUCAGAGUCCUGAAUUCACGACAAGCAAAGUGGCCAAUGGACAUGCAAGCCACCUUCCUGAGAGUCCCUCUGAACAAAAUGAAGAUCAUCCAAUGAAUAAUGCAGCAGUCCCAUCACAAGAGGUUCGUUAUUUUGUUCAUCACAGUGUGACUUAUUUCUGGAAUGAUUCGCAUCAAAUGUUCAGCUCCUUGGCGGGUCUGGAUGAAGGGGUUUCCUGUUCUGCCAUGCACAGUGAGCACAGCAAAGGAUUAAGUAAAGAAAUUCAUGAUUACAGAAAAUUAUUUUUUGGAAUAAAUGAAAUUACAGUUAAAGUGCCUUCUCUUUUUAAGCUUCUGAUUAAGGAGGUUCUCAACCCUUUUUACAUUUUUCAACUGUUCAGUGUUAUUUUAUGGAGCACAGAUGAAUACUACUACUAUGCAUCAGCCAUUGUCCUAAUGUCUGUUAUAUCCAUUAUCAGUUCUUUGUACACCAUUAAAAAGCAAUAUACAAUGUUACAUGAUAUGGUUGCAGCUCACAGUAUCGUCAGAGUUUCCGUGUGCCGUGCAAAUGAAGAGGCAGAAGAAAUCCUGUCUACGGAUCUAGUACCUGGAGACAUCAUUCUUAUUCCACCUAAUGGGACCAUAAUGACAUGUGAUGCUGUCCUGAUUAGUGGAACUUGCAUUGUAAAUGAAAGCAUGCUAACAGGUGAAAGUGUUCCUGUGACUAAGACCAACUUGCCAGAUCCUUCUAAUUCCAGAGGAGAACAAGAUGAAAUCUAUAGUACAGAGGUUCACAAGCGCCACACAUUAUUUUGUGGGACCAAUGUCAUCCAAACGAGAUUUUAUGCUGGAGAGCCUGUCAAAGCCAUAAUUGUCCGGACAGGAUUCAGCACAUCUAAAGGACAACUUAUCCGCUCUAUAUUGUAUCCAAAGCCAACAGACUUCAAGCUUUACAGAGAUGCCUAUCUGUUCCUGCUGUGUCUCGUUGGGGUGGCUGGGGUCGGGUUCCUUUACACAGUUGUAAAUAGUAUUUUAAAUCAGGUCCCAGCUAGCAUUAUUGUUAUUGAAUCACUUGACAUCAUAACCAUUACAGUACCUCCUGCCCUUCCUGCUGCUCUAACUGCUGGGAUUGUGUAUGCACAGAGGCGCCUGAAAAAACUUGGAAUUUUUUGUAUCAGCCCACAGAGAAUAAACAUUUGUGGACAGUUAAACCUCGUAUGCUUUGACAAGACUGGCACUCUUACUGAAGAUGGGUUAGACCUGUGGGGAAUCCAGAGAGUAGAACAUGUUAGGUUCCUUCUGCCAGAAGAGAAAGCUUGUAGUGAUGGUUUGGUAAAGUCUCAGUUUGUUGCAUGUAUGGCAACCUGCCAUUCACUCACGAAGAUUGAUGGAGUGAUUUCAGGGGAUCCUCUAGACUUAAAAAUGUUUGAAGCCAUAGGAUGGAUUCUAGAAGAAGCCACUGAGGAGGAGACUGCACUACAUAACCAGAUCAUGCCAACAGUUGUUAAACCUCCUAAACAACCCAGCACAGAGCUCAAACCUGCAGGCAGUGAAGAAAUGGAACUGUUUGAAUUACAGACAUCAUAUGAGAUUGGAAUAGUACGACAGUUUCCCUUCUCUUCAGCUUUGCAGCGUAUGGCUGUAGUUGCCAAAGUGCUGGGAGAAAAAAAGAUGGAUGCUUAUGUGAAAGGAGCUCCAGAAGUGGUAGCCAGCCUUUGUAAGCCGGAGACAGUUCCAUCAGACUUUGCAACUGUUUUAGAGGACUACACAAGGGAGGGAUACCGUGUUAUUGCACUUGCACACAGGAAGCUGGAGUCAAAAAUUUCGUGGCACAAAGUCCAAAAUAUUAGUAGAGAUGCCAUUGAAAACAACAUGACAUUCUUGGGGUUGAUUAUUAUGCAAAAUAAACUAAAACCAGAGACUCCAGGUGUACUUGAAGACCUUCGCAAAGCCAACAUUCGUAUGGUCAUGGUCACAGGAGACAACAUGUUAACUGCAAUUUCUGUUGCCCGGGACUGUGGAAUGAUUCUACCUCAUGAUAAAGUUAUUGUAGCGGAAGCACUACCUCCAAAGGAUGGCCAGGCUGCCACAAUUAACUGGCACUAUGCAGACACCAUGCCAAGGAGCAAUUUAAAUGCCAUUAACUCAGAGGCAGAAAAGAAAGCAGCAGAUGACAGUCUGGAUGAGAAUCUGACGGUCGAUUACCAUUUUGCAAUGAAUGGGAAAUCAUUUUCAGUUAUUCUGGAUCAUUUUCAGGACUUGCUUCCAAAGCUGGUGUUACAUGGUACAGUGUUUGCCAGGAUGGCUCCUGAUCAGAAGACACAGCUGGUGGAGGAAUUGCAGAAUGUCGAUUACUAUGUUGGCAUGUGUGGCGAUGGCGCAAAUGAUUGUGGAGCACUGAAGAGAGCUCAUGGCGGCAUUUCACUAUCGGAGUUAGAAGCAUCUGUAGCAUCACCCUUCACCUCUCGGACACCCAGCAUUGACUGUGUGCCAAAGCUAAUACGGGAAGGACGUGCAGCUUUGAUCACUUCCUUUUGCGUGUUCAAGUUCAUGGCUCUGUAUAGUAUUAUCCAGUAUUUCACUGUCACCCUGCUCUACUCUAUCCUUAGCAAUUUAGGAGAUUUCCAGUUUCUCUUCAUUGACCUGGCAAUCAUACUGGUUGUGGUGUUUACAAUGAGUUUAAACCCAGCCUCGGAAGCGUUAGUGGCACAAAGACCCCCAUCCGGUCUAAUAUCCGGACCCCUUCUAUUUUCUGUUCUUUCCCAAAUACUAAUUUGCUUGGCAUUCCAGACCAUGGCUUUCCUGCUUGUGAAACAGGAGCCCUGGUACGAGGUCUGGACACCCACUAGCAAUGCAUGCAAUGUCUCCUUAGAUGAUCAUCAAAAUGCCACUGAAGUUGAUGAGCAUAACAUCUGCAACUAUGAGAACACAACCCUGUUCUAUAUAUCCUGCUUCCAGUAUCUUAUUGUGGCAGUUGUAUUUUCAAAAGGAAAACCAUUUCGCCAGCCCAGCUACAAAAACUAUCUCUUUGUAAUAUCAGUGUUGGCUCUUUAUGCCUUAAUAGUAUUCUUCAUGCUGUACCCUAUAGAAUCCAUUGAGCACUUCUUUGAGCUGGUCUGCGUCCCAUUUCAUUGGCGUCUAAUAAUGCUGUUCAUUAUUAUUGGAAAUGCACUCACAUCAGUUUUGGUAGAGGAUGCCAAUGAUCGUUGGGGAGGGCGAUUCUUGUCCUUUUUGUGCUUCUGGAGAAAAAAGAUGCCUAAAGCCAAAUACAUGCACUUAGCACAGGAACUGUUGGUGGAUCCAGACUGGCCACCUAAACCAAGAACUACUACUGAAGCAAAAACAUCUGUCGAAGAGAAUGGAGGCCACCAUGUUGUCACAAUUACGUAGCAGUUGCUUUCAGUGGUUUUUAUUUUGUUUCCAAUAUGAUUGUCCGAUUUGCAGUG